ACUGCUUCAUUGGCCUCACUGUCAUCUCUUAGCCGCGUCAAAGAGAAAGAUUGCGAGCUUUCUUACAAUGGCGGGCUUUUGAGGGACUUGAAUUUGCGGUUUUUUAAUUGUUCAUAAGGUUACGAAUUUCAAUCAGUCGUUACAAUGCCUGGAAUCAUAACAGAUGGAUCUGAGAUGAUUCAGAGGAAUGAGGAACCAACUGAGCUGAAUUCUUCUCACAUCAAAGAGAAUAAUUCCAUCUCCAGAUCUCCAAGACAAGUUCAUGCAAGCUCGCAGAGCUCAGCUCUCGAUCUGCCCAUGGAAGAUUGCCUAGAUACAUCCAUCGAUCGGCUUUACGAUAAUGUAUGUGAUAUGGAGAGCUCCAGCAAUGGUUCCCCUUCUCAUCGGAGCUUCGGCUCCGAUGGCGAGGAAUCACGAAUCGAUUCAGAGCUUCGCCAUCUUGUUGGUGGUGAGCUGAACUCUGCUACAGAAAUCGUGGAAGAACGUGACGAAAAUGAGGUCAAAUCUCCGAACAAUUUAGAAAACGUCGUAAUUGAAAAGGAAAACGAAAUCGAAGUCAAGAAAUCUCCGAACAAAUCAUCCGCUUCAUCGAAGAAGUCGAAGAAAGCUUUUCGAUCCGAAAUUGAAUCCGAUGCCUCCAUGAAAUCAAGCCCAAAACCUUCUGCAAGAACUACUCCCAAGAAACAGAGAGGUGGAAUUGCUGAUUCAGCUGAAGAUGGACCCGAUUUAGGGCCUUUCCUUCUCAAACAUGCCAGAGAAUUGAUCUCUUCAGACAACCAUAGAAGAGCUCUGAAGUAUGCACUUCGUGCGGCCAAGGUGUUUGAGAAAAUGUCUGAACCGAAACCUAACCUGGAUUUAGUCAUGAGCCUGCAUGUCAUAGCUGCAAUUCAAUGUAGUUUGGGUAAAUACAAUGAAGCGGUCGCCUUUCUUAAGAAUUAGAUAGAGAUUCCUGAUCUUGAAGCAGGACGAGAGCGUCUUACAAAAUUUUUGGGGUUUAUGCAGUUGCGUGACACUUAUGCCAUGUUAGGCCAGCUUGGGAGCUCAAUUCACUGUUACACUGCUAGUUUGGAUAUUCAAAAAGAGGUUUUGGGAGCCACAGAUCCAAGAGUUGGAGAAACUUGCAGGUACCUAGCGGAAGCACACGUACAAGCCCUGCAAUUCGACGACGCCGAGAAGCUGUGCAGAAUGGCGCUCGACAUCCAUAAGUCUAACGGCGAAGCUUCCUCCUUAGACGAAACCGCAGACAGGAGACUCAUGGGCCUUAUCUGCGAGACGAAGGGAGACCACGAAGCAGCUCUCGAGCAUCUAAUAAUGGCGAGCAUGUCUAUGGUAUCCAAUGGCCAGGAGUCCGAAAUGGCGUCCGUGGAUUGCAGCAUUGGAGACAUCUACCUCUCCCUAGCUCGAUACGAUGAAGCAAUAAUGGCGUACCAGAAGGCGCUCUCCGUAUUCAAAUCAUUGAAAGGAGAGAACCACCCGAAUGUCGCUUCCGUAUUCGUUCGCCUCGCCGAUCUGUAUAACAGGACGGGGAAAUUCAGGGAUUCCAGGUCUCACUGCGAGAAUGCGCUGAGAAUCUACGGGAAACCGAUGGCCGGAACUUCGCCGGAGGAGAUCGCCGGCGGGCUCGCCGAUGUUUCUGCGAUAUACGAAUCUAUGAACGAGCAUGAACAGGCUCUGAAACUGCUUCAAAAGGCUUUGAAGCUGUACAACAAUGGUGCAGGGCAGCAGAGCAGCGUUGCAGGAAUUGAGGCUCAAAUUGGCGUUUUGCAUUAUAUUUUGGGAAAUUACAGCGCUUCUUAUUCAGCCUUCAAGAGUGCAAUUUUAAAGUUGAGAGCUUGUGGGGAGAAGAAGUCUGUGUUCUUCGGCAUUGCUUUGAAUCAAAUGGGGAUAGUUUGUGUGCAGAGAUUUGAUUUAAAUGAGGCUGCCGAGUUGUUUGAGGAGGCGAGAGGUGUUUUCGAUCUGGAAUAUGGACCACAUCAUCCCGAAACACUCGGAGUUUAUAGCAAUCUCGCCGGAACUUAUGAUGCCAUGGGAAGGUUGAAUGAAGCCAUCGAGCUUUUAGAGCACGUCGUGAAUGUUCGAGAGGUUAAGCUUGGAACUGCUAACCCGGAUGUCGACGACGAGAAGAGGAGAUUGGCCGAGUUGUUGAAAGAAGCCGGCCGAGUCCGGAACAGGAGAGUCAAGUCAUUGGAGCAUCUCCUUGAUGCCAACUCUCACAUGAAAAUCAAGUAAUGAUAAAUUUGCAGCAUAAAUUUUAGCAGAUCUUUCUUCAUUGAAACAUUCAAUUCAGAUUGAAAAGAUGGGAGAAGAUGGUAGCUUAUUAUUGAUUGCAGAUUUACUUUUAUGGAAAUUUAUAUGCAUACCAUACAAUUCCUAUGUAUUUGCAUAUCUCACGCCUGAACUUUCAUAUUU